CUCUUGGGCAAAUGCAGUACCUAUGUGGUCCAGGCCGCAAGGGGACUUGAGACUUGGCCUGCGGUGGAGCAUUAAAGAAUAGGCAUUUCCUGGAUGUCCUCAGAACACAGCUGCCAUGGCUGGAGCUCAACAGAUUGUGCAAAUCAGGACAUAAACCUCUGGGUGGAACGUCAAAUCAACUGUUGUAUUUGUUCAUUCUGCAAGACCAUGGAAGAUCUAGAGGAGACAUUAUUUGAAGACUUUGAGAACUACUCCUAUGCCCUGGAAUAUUACUCCCCAGAGACUGAUUCAGAGGAGAAAGCACACCUGGGAGCCAUUCACUGGGUCUCCUUGGUAUUGUGCUGUUUGGCAUUUGUCCUGGGCAUUCCAGGAAAUGCCACUGUCAUUUGGUUCACGGGAUUCAAGUGGAAGAAGACAGUCACCACUCUGUGGUUCCUCAAUCUAGCCAUCGCAGAUUUCAUUUUUCUUCUCUUCCUACCUCUGUACAUCUCAUAUGUGGCCAUGAAUUUUCACUGGCCCUUCGGCAUCUGGCUAUGCAAGGCCAAUUCCUUCAUUGCCCAGCUGAACAUGUUUGCCAGUGUCUUCUUCCUGAUGGUAAUAAGCCUGGACCGCUAUAUCUACUUGAUCUGCCCUGUCUUAUCUCAUCGGUACCGUACCCUCAGGAACUCUCUGAUUGUUAUUAUAGUUGUUUGGCUUUUGGCUUCACUAAUGGGUGGGCCAGCUCUGUACUUCCGGGACACUCUGGAGUUGAAUAACCACACUCUUUGCUAUAACAACUUCCAUGAGCAUGAUGUGGACCUCAGAUUGAUGAGGCAUCAUGUUCUGACCUGGGUGAAAGUUAUUGUUGGGUACCUCCUCCCUCUGCUAACAAUGAGCAUUUGCUACUUGUGCCUCAUCUUCAAGGUGAAGAAGCGAAGCAUCCUGAUCUACAGUAAGCACUUCUGGACCAUCCUGGCUGUGGUCAUGGCCUUUCUGAUUUGCUGGACUCCUUAUCACCUGUUUAGCAUUUGGGAACUCACGAUUCACCACAAUAGCUAUUUCCACCAAGUGCUACAGGCUGGCAUCCCCCUCUCCACUGGCCUGGCGUUCCUCAAUAGUUGCUUGAACCCCAUCCUUUACGUCCUGAUUAGUAAGAAGUUCCAAGCGCGCUUCCGGGCCUCAGUGGCUGAGAUACUAAAAUACACUCUGUGGGAGGUGAGCUGUUCAGGCACCCUGAGUGACCAGCUGAGGAACUCUGAAACCAAGAAUCCGAGUCUCCUGGAAACAGCCCAGUGAAUUCUUGCCCUCCCACCCAUCAGCACACGACUUUUGUGUGGUUCCCCUGACAUGCUUUCAGAUUAUUUGGUUCCAAGACAUAGAGCUCAUUGUAUCUUUUUAUUUUUUUGGUAAUUUUAUUGGCAUCCUAUUUUUCUUUAGAUAUAAAACAUAAGAAGGA